CUAAAAUAAAAAAAAGAAAAGAAAAUUAAUAAAUAAAAAAAACGAAAAAAAAGAUCUACCCAAAACAACAAUAACAAUUAUCUUAUAACCCCAAAAUAACAAUAGCAAUAACACGAGGAAUGCGCACCACAACGAACAAGAUGGCUACACUGGAUCACGUGUCCUCAUCACCUACUCUUCAACAACCACCCAUUUCCUCCCCCAUGGCGGCCCCUAAUGAGUUUGGGCCACAGAGAGUUGAUAAGAGGCUCACCACCCCUGACGAGGAGCCCCAGGGGAAGCCAGGGGAUGGGGGGGAGGGGACCAGACAGCAGCAGCAGCAGCAGCAGCAGCAGCAGCAGGAGGGCCAGGCAGAGCAGUGGCAGGCCUCACAGCAGCCACAGGUGGAAGGCGGACAGAAAGUGGAAGCGUUUAAUCCACAAGAGUACUGGGAAGUGGUGAGCAGCAACAUGGUGAGUGAGGUGCAGGAUGUGGUGAAAAAAGGACAGCAGGAGUGGAAGGAGCUGUGUGGCAAGGAGCAGCUGUGCCUGUCUCGCCUGCAGCAGCUGUGCAAGGCGGCACACACCUUAAACGCCUCCUUCCAUAACCAGCGAGACAACCUCCACUCCACUGUGCUCACCAUGGCUUCCUCCUUCAAGAAAUAACACCACACCAACUCCACAACCACUACAGCAACACCAGGACAACACCGUAACACCAUAGCAAUAUUGGAACACCACAGCAACACAGGAACACCACAGUAACAAAGGAGCAACACCAUGGCUGCCACAUCAACACUGCAACACCACAUCCGUCACAGCAACAUCAGAACACCACAGUAGUGCCACAGCAACGUCACAGCCACAGUCUCCACCACACCACUCUAAGACUAACACCACACAGAUAUGUUGUGAUUAAAUUUCUCUCUCUCUCUCUCUCUCUCUCUCUCUCUCUCUCUCUCUCUCUCUCUCUCUCUCUCUCUCUCUCUCUCUCUCUCUCUGCCAAUGAGGAAAAAUAUUUUGAUUACAUUAUAUAUUUCUUUUUUUUUUUUUUUUUUUUGUCUGUUAAUUUUGGUUGUUUUCUGAAAUCUUUGUAUAUUUGAAUAGGUUGUCAUUAUUAUUAUUAUUAUUAUUAUUAUUAUUAUUGUUGUUGUUAUUCACUGGUUUUCCUUUACAAUGCACAAAAUAAGCCACUCGGAAUUAUUAUUAUUAUUACUAAUAUUAUUAUUAUCAUUAUUGUUAUUAUUUCUUUCAUUAUUUCCUUUACUUAUUAGAUUUUUAUUGAUUGCUCUCUCUCUCUCUCUCUCUCUCUCUCUCUCUCUCUCUCUCUCUCUCUCUCUCUCUCUCUCAAGGGAUACACAAACACACACUUUACAAUUAAUUCUUUACCUGUUUCAUCUUCAUGUUUUCUAAUUAUCAUCAAAACUAUCACCAAAAUACUACUUCCUCUCACCAAACGUAAAAAAUAACCACUCGACAAAAACUCCUCCUCCUCCUCCUCCUCCUCCUCCUCCUCCUUCCUUCGACACUAA